AAAGUAGAGCAAAGUGGACCAUAGUGGAUUAUCGCGAGUCCCUCUGCCGUCGAGGCUAUAUACGGAUUAUGUCUGUCUCCUCAACUUGAAAUGGUGGAGCGCAAAGUUUAUUUGUUUCGUUUUCGGGUUAUUUCCAUGAAUUUUGUUCUUCCCUAUUCCCCAAGCCUCUUGAGGAAUUUCCCUCUUCUUCGCAACGAUUGUACACGUUUUGGGCUGUGGAAGUUUAUAGUAAAGCAAGAUACGGGUCGACGAAACACCGAAAAAAAUCUAUGUAUUUAGCUUAUUGGAUGAGAUGACUGAUGGUGCAGAGGUCACUAUGGUUGAAGCAGAUGCAAUUGAGAGAAUUGUGGACCAAAAGAAAUUUGGUGAAGAAGUGCAUUAUAAAAUCAGAUGGAAAGAAAGCUGGGUUCCACGCACAAAACUAACCCACUGUUUUAAACAUAUCGAAGAAUAUUUCCUUGAGAAAGCUAAAGAUGUCGAACCAAAACCUCAAACAAAUCCUUUAAAUGUUCAAGAAGAAGAAGAACAACAAGAAAAAGAUCUUGUUGUUCCAAAUGAAGCAGAACUCAGAACGAACUUGGAUGAUGUGGAGGUGGCUAAAGUUAUUUCAGAUGUUGAAGCAUUAAAUCUAGAUACUCAAGAAAAGGAGGAAUCAGUUGAUUGUAAACCUGACAAUAAGGUUGAGGCUAAAGUUGAAGAAAACCCUGCAAUCGUGAGUGCAUCCAAAGUGGAUGCACUAAUUAAAAAGCCUGAUAUACAAAUUCCUGAAAGUCAAUCUUGGUAUGCAAAUGAGAAUGUGAGAAAGCAACUACUUAAGUUUUAUGACAAGUUUGCUAAAACACCAACAAAAGAAAUUAACAAGGCAAAGGUGAAACACGAGAUUUACAUGAAGAUGCUUGAAGUUGAAUUGAAAGAAGAAGGAUGGUGCAAAAAGCUAGAAUACACUGGUUCAUCAUACGAAGGUCUUAAGAUUACUGAAGAUGGGCUUGAAUUUGAUGUGAUGUUUGUUAUUGAUGGUAAAGGCUUGGAAACCUCACCAAUUCCUAAUAGGGAAGGUUACUGUAACCUCCACAUGCAAGAGGGUGUGGUUUCAAAACUUUUUGCAUCGUUUGGCAAUCAGGAGGGAAUGUUGAUGCCAAAGAAAAUGAUCUCUGAGUUCUUUAGUGUUUUACAACGAACAAUAAACAAACUGAAAUAUGAAAAGUUGUUCAAGUUGAGAAUUCAUGGCCCUGCUGUUCAAAUGGAUGUAAACGACGACAAGGGAAAUUUUUGGUACAGUGUAGAUUUAGUCCCAUCUGUUGAGGUUAAAGUUGAUGCAUCAGGUAAAGUUGAUCGUUUCGUCCCGAAACCCAUUAAUGAGCCUGAGAUUGGAAAUUUGUUGGAAAAUUCUUGGCGAUGUUCGUUUUCUAAGAAAGAGAAAGAUUUACUUAAAGGUUUGGAUACAGAUAACGGAUGUCGACGACAAGUUGUGCGGAUAAUGAAAACUCUUUGUAAAAGAGAGUCCACUUUGAAGGCACUGACGUCAUAUCAUCUGAAAACUGUUUUAUUUCAUAUGCUACCUGUUGAGCUUUCUUGGAAAAGUAUUGAUCUUACAGAAAGGCUUUUUGAUAUGCUAGGAGCCCUGGAGUUCUAUUUAUCAAAUCGAAAUUUACCACAGUAUUUCAUUCCUUCCAUGAAUUUGAUUGCAACAAUGAAGCCGACACAGUUAGCAAAUAUCAUUGAUCGCAUAAAAACUCUUCGUACAAGUGAGAAUAAGUUUAUCAAGGCAAUUAACUUUUAAUUUACUAAUAUUACUUUAGAAGUAGAUAUUGAAUAUUUAAAUUUUUCUAAACCAUUUUCACUUCAAAUUCUACAUACAAUCUUCAUUCCACUAUUGUGCGAGAGUAUAUGUGUGGCGUAACUUGAUUGUAUGAAAAGUUAAAAUAAACAAUAUUUUAAGCAAUCAACAUUAAAAAUUAGUCUUGUUUGUCAUAUUUAAUUUCUUGUUUUAAAUAAUUAAACCUCCAUUUUUUAGGUCAUUGUGUGAAAUGAUAUUUCAUCUUGAAAAGUAACCAUUUACAAUCCCACUUGGUUAUUAUAAACCUGUAAGGUUUAAAGCACGUUCUGGUAACUAAACAAUUUGAUCCUUCCUUUUUUUCCUUUCUUUUCUUUUCUUUCAAUUUUUUUUUUCUUUAAAUUUUUUUAUUUUCUUUAAAUUAAGCUUUUUUGAGUUCUCUCUAUUCUUGGAUAUGGAAAGGUUCAUGAAUAUCAGACCAUAUUUUGAUGAUUUCUGGACAUUGGUAUCAGUUGUUUUAAAAUUAUCAGAAAAUGUUUAUGAAAAAUAAGUUUUAGACGUAGCGUUAUAGUCAGAAGUUCCCAACUAUGAAAUCUCUGUUUCAUAACAGCAAAUAUUGACAAGUUAUUAUCAUUUGUUUCAGGAACAAUAAAUUGAUAAACAAGCGCAGAAUUUUGAAAUUGAUAAAAAAUGCUCUAAACUCCUUCUUUUUAAGAGUUAUGUAUUUUGCUUUGAAUAUGAUGUCUUUAGGAACUUUCCUAACAAAUUGGCAUAUUUUUUUAUUUCCAGGAUACAAAACUAAAGGUACUUUGUAGUUACAAAAUUGUUACGUUAUGUCAGUUUGUGAUCCCAAAACAAAAAGAGACAAAUAACUAUUUUUUUAGAAUUAUUUUAUAUGAAAAUACAGGUAAUUGGAGCAGUACUGUAUAUCCUAUGUAGAGCGAAAAUGUGAUAAUUUCAUAAUAAAAUUGAGAUAUUUUUCUUUGUAAAUCUUCACUUCUAGUUUUUUUAUUAUCAAAUCUUGUCCAAAAGCAUUUUAACACUUGCCUAUGUUAAAAACAAAUUAUAAACUCAAUACUUAAUAUGGGUCUAACAAUUACAUUUUUUUGAAAAAAGGCAGCAAUAAGGUGCAGAAUUUGGUUAUGUAAAUUUUUACGAUUUUAUCAUUUUAUUACCCCUAAAAUUGUUUUUAGGCAUUAUUAAAUAAGUCUUGAUAUGCUUUUUAUGCUCUUUACACAAAACAGGACAUUUAUGUAAUUGAAAAAUGAGUAUCUGUAUAUGACAUUCUAAUAAUUUUCGUUUGUUAAAAGUUUAUCAGUUUAUUGUUCAAAUACUCUACCACAACGGUUUUUUUUGGUAUUUUGUCCAACUCAGCUUUUGAGAAACAAGCAUACGCAUCAUCCCUAAAAAUUUUUGCAAACAACUGGAUUUAAAAAAAAAAUUAUGAGCAAACUUUGCUUUAUUGUUGUUUGAUAUGUAAGAAGCUGUCCAUAUAACGUUAGAGUUACUUGUACAAUAAAAGAUUUUCAAUGGUACAUUUUUUACAGUUCAAACUUGAUUGAUUAAGGUAAGAUUUUCUCCUCUUUUCAAACUCCAGUGCUUUUAUUUGAUAUAUAAUGUAAACUCUAGAUUACAAAUACAAUGAAGUUAUUGUGUAAAUGUACCUUCUAUAGAUAACAAUAUUUUUAAAAAUUAUUAAUUUUGUUAUUCCAGAGAGAUAAUGAUUUUGCCACUUAAAUCUAUAAUUCAUUGUAAUGUGUGUUUUUAAUUUUCAUAGUUUUUGUUGGAUUUAUGUUUUUAAUUUAUUAGCAAUUUAAGAAAACGAUUUUUGAAUUUCCUGUAAAAAAAUUAUCCUGCUUUUUGUAGAUAAUAGUAAAUUCUAAAUACAAAUGUUCCUAUUCAAAUUGUAACAAUCUUCAAUAGAAUAUUUUCUUGACCAUGCUAGUGA